CGCUGGGAAACAUAUUUAACUACACUACCCAGAAUUCAGCUGCAAAGUACUCACGUCAACGUAGAUCACAACAAGGAAGUGGACACUCAUGGUGCUUGAAUUUCUUGUACUAAUCUUCUUACUGAAGAAUAAGGGACAGUUGGUUUUGUAAAAGGACGCACUUAAAGAUUACGUUGAUCUUGGUUUGUACACGUACAACGCCUCGGUCGGGUUUUCUGGAUAUUUAAUUGGUCAUCUACGAAGAUAAAAUGGAAUCUCAAUCAGGUGAAUGAAUUAAAUAGUUUAUAUUUCUUUUCUCCCAUUCAUUCAUCAACGAGAAAGCGUCCCCCGUAUUUAUUGGGAGAUUCCACAGGCGUUACAUUCAGACCCAGCUCUGUGUUGACUCUCAAAAUGAGGAUGAUCACCUUCCUCCUAGUCGGACUGACAGUCCAUGUGGUUUUCUUCCUUUCGAUCUUUGACAUCUACUUCACCUCUCCCCUGGUCCAUGGAAUGACACCUCAGGCUACACCGCUGGCACCACCCGCCUCCAGAUUGGUGUUAGUGGUGGCAGAUGGUCUCCGAGCAGACAGUCUCUUCACACUACUCCCCAACGGCUCAUCCAGGGCUCCAUACUUGAGGAGUGUGAUGGAGGAGAGGGGUACCUGGGGUGUGUCACACACACAUGUGCCAACAGAGUCUCGUCCCGGUCAUGUUGCUCUCAUCGCUGGCUUUUAUGAGGAUGUGAGUGCUGUUGCUAAAGGGUGGAAGGAGAAUCCUGUAGAGUUUGACUCAGUGUUUAAUGAGACCAAACACACCUGGUGCUGGGGCAGCCCUGAUAUUCUGCCGAUGUUUGCUAAAGGUGCCAGUGGAGACCACGUGUAUACUCACACUUAUCCAGCAAAGGAGGAGGACUUUGCCUCCACAGACGCCUCCAGGCUGGACACCUGGGUGUUCACUCAAGUCAAAUCAUUCUUUCAGUCGGCAAAGUCUAACUCCAGUCUGAGGGCUAGUCUGCUCGAGGGUGAGAAUAUCUUUUUUCUACAUCUGCUGGGCAUAGACACAAACGGACAUGCACACAGACCAAUGUCACGGGAGUACCUAGACAAUAUUGGUCUAGUAGACAGUGGCGUAGCUGAACUGGUGUCUGUGGUAGAAGACUUCUUUGGUCAUGACGGCAGAACAGCCUAUGUGUUUACGUCUGAUCAUGGCAUGACAAACUGGGGUUCACACGGUGCAGGCCAUCCUUCUGAGACACUCACCCCUUUAGUGGUGUGGGGGGCCGGAGUUCAUAAUGCCCACAAAGUCACUGAACCCCAAUCAUUCAACGAUGGCUACCUACAAGAUUGGAAACUGGAGCACCUUCGUAGAGUUGACGUCAAUCAGGCAGACAUCGCUCCCCUCAUGGCUUCUCUCAUCGGUGUGCCCUUUCCUGUUAAUUCUGUUGGUGUGUUACCUCUUCUCUAUCUUAACAACAGUGACCAGUUUAAGGCAGAGUGCAUGUACACCAAUGCUAUUCAAGUACUAGAGCAGUACAAGAUGAAAAUGGCCCAGAAAAAGGAGACAACCUUGUCUUUUCUUUUCACCACAUACCAACCACUGACUGAGUCAAAACAAGCAGAAUUCAUCCACAAGGCCAGAAUACUGAUUCAGCUGGAGAAGUAUGAAGAUGCUAUCUCUCUGUGCCGAUCUCUGAUAUCCAAUGCCCUGGAGGGCCUGGUCUACUACCACACCUAUGACAGGUUCUUUCUAGGCUGCAGUGUGGUGCUGGGAUUUGUAGGCUGGACCUCAUAUGUUGUUCUAGUCAUACUGAAGACUCAUGCCGGCCUCAACCGACACCCCAGUCUCCUCAAACAGAUUCCCAGCUAUACCCUGGCCAGGGUGUGUAUAUGUGUGACAGUGGUGAUCACGGUGUUCUUGCUUCUACAAAGGAGCCCCAUGACUUACUAUAUUUACUGCCUGCUGCCUGUCCCUGUGUGGUACUCUGUCCUUAAAGAGUCCGAAACUCUAAUAGAUUUGGUUCGAUCAGCUCCCUCUCUGCCACUGUGGAAAUGUUUUGGCUAUUUUGUGCUGUUGGCGUUUGGGAUCGAGCUACUGGUGGUGAGUUUCUUCCAUCGCGCCAUGCUGACUGUGGGCCUGACUUUCCUCUCUCUCUGGCCCUUCCUGUCGGGAAUUUUUGGCAAGGCCAAGUUCCGUUCAUUAAGCUGGUUUCUGGGGUGUCUGUGUCUGGCUGCUUUCCCCCUCAUGCCUGUUGUGGGCAGAGAGCCUAACGUACAUCUGGUGACCUGUGCAGGUCUACUCACUCUCUUCACUUCAGCCUGUUACCUCUGGUCAUCAGGACAGAGAACGCCUCUGCACCUCAGUGACAGACAGCAGUUUGUCACCCAGAUGCUCCAUGUUGCAGUGUGUGCGUACAUGCCAUCUCUCACACACUCCAGCCUGCAGCAGAAACAGGGACUGCCCCUUCUUAAUCAGAUCAUCAGCUGGACCACAUUAGCAUCGUCUAUGCUGGUUCCACUCUUGAGCUCUACACGUCUUUUCCACCGACUCCUCAGCAUAUUUCUCUCUCUCAUGGCCACAUAUCUACUGCUCAGCACUGGGUCAGAGGCUUUGUUCCCCCCUGUGUUAUCUUGGUUGAUGUUUGUGUGGAUCAACAUUGAACAGGAAGCGAUGCUCGCUCAGGGUGUCUCUAGCAGACAAGAGCUCUCAACUAUUGAUUUCUCUGCAAACAUCGACAUCACCAAGAUCCGACAACUAAAAUUGGAUGACAUCAGAAGAUCUUAUUUUUUUGUAUUUUUUAUUAUAACAGCUUUCUUCGGCACAGGGAACAUAGCUUCCAUCAACAGUUUUGACCCAGCAUCUGUUUAUUGUUUCCUCACUGUCUUCAACCCCUUCAUCAUGGGAGGGCUGAUGAUGUGGAAGGUUAUCAUUCCAUUCAUAAUAGUGAUGUGUACAUUUGAGACCAUCCAAGUUGCAACACAGCUCUCAUCAAGAAGUUUGUUCCUCAUUGUACUUGUUAUCUCCGACUUGAUGGCUCUGCACUUUUUCUUCCUGGUGCAGGACUACGGCAGCUGGUUAGACAUUGGCACAAGCAUUAGUCAUUAUGUGAUAGUGAUGUCGAUGACCAUCUUCCUGAUGUUGCUCAGUGUGGUCACACACAUUUUCACCUCUCAAAGACUCAUUCUGUGGAGGAGAUCUAAGAAGCACUUUCCCUAAGUAAAUGUGCUUGUGUGUGCAUGUACACAUACUAGGUCAACCAAAUGUUUAGUAUUUAUUUGACUUUUUUGUUGUUGAUACUUUAUAUAUGUCAUUUGUCUCAUUAAGCCAGGGUUUGUGUGUUUUAGGACUUAACACAUUGUACAGGGCUUUACAAAUGUCUCACGCGAAUUAGUUAAAUUGUUUAUAUGUCUUUAUUAGUCAGAUGCUUUAACUUGUCCUAUCAAAACUGCUUAAAGGUGCCCUGCCACACGUAUUUAAUUACUUUGUGGUAAUGUAUGAAGAUCUAACAUUUUAAAAAAUGCUCGGUUUCCAGCGAUUCAAGCAUGGUAUAGUAAGCCUGCAGGAUAGCUCUCAUUAAUAUUAAACGAGCUAAGCUGCUUGACUCUGAUUGGCUAACAGCUA